ACCGUUUUACGAAAGUAGUCCUAAUCCUCGUUUGAAUCAAAAUGACGGGCUUAUACCAUCUCGUAUAUGAUUUGUCAUACAAAAUGAGGAUUGUUAUACCCUACUCUUGUAGCCCUUUAUUACUAAAAUCAUGUACAGUGGUUACACCAAGGCAUAUACAGUCGAGAAUGAUACAUUGCGAUGUUAGCGUAUCUCGACAAAGAAAACGUAAUAUAGGGAUCAUGUGUCAUUUGGAUAAUAAUUUAAAUUGGAUACAUGCAGGUAAAACGGUAGAUAUGUGUGUUAACGGUGAUGACAAUGCUACCGUUGCCAGCAAACUAGAAGCCUUAGGCAAUCUGAAGAAAUAUCCACAAAAUGCCUCCCAGAAGGAGAUAGAACACUACAUUGAUAGAAAUAUGAAGAUUUUACGUAGUAUUAUUCCUCUUAUAAACGACUGUACACGGGACUUCAAGCAUACAUACCUUAUGAACAACCCAUUUAUUAAGUAUAUGAUUUCAAUCGUAGUUAACCAAUGCAAGGUUUUAGACACAGAACCAUUAGAAUUGGCACUUGAAUUAUUGAAGGCUUUAGAAGAUGCUGCAACACACCAUGCGCAAUUGAGUUUGAUCACGGCCUUGAGGAAGAAAAAUGGUACUUAUAAAUCAUGUCUACAUUAUUGCAACCAUCUGCUGUUGCUAUUGGAAAACACUCCAAAAAAAGGCAAUGUAGAAGUUUGCGGAUUGGUGAAUGAAUUGUUGAUAGAUGGUCUUGUAAAAGGCAUAGAUAGCCAAGUUGUCGAUACAGUACUAUCAAUAAUAUAUCUAAUGAAUCAAAUCAAUACUGAGGGCGCUAUUUCAGUAUACACAUGCUUGUAUAUGGAGGAGUUAAAGAAACAAAUUUUUACAUUUGAUACGAAAACUUUGUUGAAUAUCUUGCAAUUUAUGUAUAGGUGCGCUUAUUGUGAAGACGGGUUAUACACUUCAACUAUGGAGGCCUUACUAUAUAAAUACGAGUUUAUGGUCCAUGAGGAAAAGAGUAUGUUGCUUCUAUUAUUGCCAUACUUGAAACAUAUAUACUUGAUGACCACCCCAAGUAUCUCCAGCAACAUCUACAGUGAAGAGUGUCAAAUGCUAAAUACUAUGUUGAGAAGCGAAUUUGAAACUCACAUUGAUUUGAUGCCGCACAAUGAUAUGAUCAACCACUGUCUGGCCUUAUCUCUCAUAUUCAAGCAAAACAGCGUCAUAAGGAAAAUACUGGUUAAAAACAUCGAAAGUGAUAUGGUACAUUCCUUAGAUGGGACCACGUUUUUAAAAUUGUUGUCGUGCUGUAAUACCCUUUAUAUCAACAGCUCUGCUGUGAAUAUAUCCCGAUUAUUCUCCAAAAUAGCUCAAAAAAAGUUGGCAUCGUGUAGCGGUCCACAAUUAUUACACGGCUUCAAGUGCCUGACGCAAAUCGUAGCACGAAGGCAUAGGAAGUACUUGGUACCACUGGUUAAUGAUGUACUUGAAAAGAAUAAGUCGAAUUGUUCGGCCAUAAUCGAAGUUCUCCAUCUAUAUGUAUCCCUCAAUAUGCAACGUUAUAAUAUGACUAUCUUGGAAACUGGCUUUAUGCUUCUGUUUCCACAUGUUAGUGCGGCAAUGGUUCAAUCCGGUAACACGGAAAAACUCGGAGCUUUGGCAUUAAAUUCUGACGUGGAUUUUAACGGUAGUGAUUUACCCAAUGUUGUAAAAACAACUGAUGGUCUAUUAAGCGUUAUGUGUCUCCAGGAUAAAACGUCCGAACAAAUCGAUCAUAGGUGUUUCGAACAAAUAUCACCGGCCGUAAUCUAUAUUGAUAAAAGCGAUAGUGUUACUGAGGUGAUACCUCUAAAGGGACUCAUCAAGCUUUUACAGUGUCUUACUAAAAUCGAAUUAGAAUUAAGCUAUGUGCUCACCCUCUUCAGCAUUAUACAAACAUCCAUUGAAAAACAAAUAAGGUACAAAAGUGACGUUGGUUUCCAUGAUCUUGCUGAUAUCAUUAAAUGUUUGACCACAUCUCGUGUGGUAUAUGCGAAGCUGGCCAAUGGGAUUUUAGAUCGCAUAUUACACUGUGCCGAACGGUUGGAUGACCCUGAAGUCGCCGCUGUCAUGUUGAGGUUCAUAGAGUUCACAAACAAUGCAGAAUAUUCGGCGAAGCUGGCUCAGCCACUAUUCGACUUCUGCCUACGCAAGCCUACAGCGGUACUAAUGGACGUUCUAGAAUACCAGCGGUAUAAACGCCCACUAUUCUAUGCAGCUUAUAUGGAACUUAUGCAACCACAGUCAACUAGUGUUCCAGAUGGAUUUGGUGGUAUGGUAAAAUAUGGCCUUGUAAUGGGAAAUAAUGCUAAUUCAUUUCCCAUCAAUCAUAAGCUUCCACAUUCACAGGCCGGUAAAAGGCGCCAAAUACUAUCAGACUGGCUUUCCAAACGUUUUGAAGGCUACGCGUUUGAAGAACAUUGGAUGAUAGACAAUAUCACGGUUGACUUCUUCUAUCCUGACAUUCGAACAGUAGUGCACAUUUUACGCGCUCAGGAUUGCUUUCAUGAUGGUAUAAAAUGCCACCUCAAGAGUGAAAUGUGGCUGUUUUGCGAGAUUUUGAAGCUAAAGCAGAUACGCGUCAUUCUGGUGCCCGAAAGAUGUUUAAACCAACUCCUCUCCACUUUAAAAUGAAUAUG